CCAGCUACCUUUGGCCUUCCCUAUCGUGAACACAACAGUACUGUUAUUUAUUCAGCAUCUUUUUUCUUUCUUGUUUGUUCCUUGCUUUCUUGUCUUAUUAAGUUAUUUUCGGUCGCAUAUAAUUAAUCAUAGUUACUAGAACUUGAUAAGACACGGAGUUCUUAUACAAUUAUACUUUGGAUAAGUGUUAAGGUUGGUAGGUGUUGUCAGCCAGUUACGGCUGCGAAAGUUCGUUUUCUUAAGUUUGAGGUUUGAGUUUGAGUUCCGACCGUUGGCCUGCGCUGCUUCGAUCUAAAUGCUUUGAAUUUGGCUCUCUGACAAAUUGUGGUGAGCCGUUGCGUGCCUUCGUGCGCCUGCGUACGUAGAAAUCGAUGGGUUGGAGUAGCCGGCCGGGUCGUGUUUAACCUUAACCUCACCACAACUAAGUCGCCAUGGACAAGUUGGAUGUGGAGGGACUUGCUCGUGUGCUCGAAAACAAUUAUAGGGUUACUCCGGACGUCGUUAAUAUGCUCAAAGCGCAGCAAGUGACAGGCGAAGAUUUCAUGAGUCUUACUGACGCAGAAUUGAAAGCAUUUAACUUUCCCUUAGGUUAUAUAAAGACUAUUAACAGGGUCAAAUCAGAACUGUCCAAGAACCCAUUAUUUGUUGACGAUGUGAGUGUAUCAUCUGAGGAAGCCCCAAAUAAGUAUUUGGUAUUAUUACCGUACUUCUCACAAAAGGAAUUAGAUGACUAUACUGAUUAUGAAAAAGAUGCUUUCGUAAACAAACUAGAGAGACACAGAAAAAUAUUUGGUGACGAGGGCAACCCAUUUGAACGCAUGGUUAAAGAAAAAAGGCAGUCAAAGAAUAAAAAGAAGGAAAAUCUGGCCUCUAAAUCAUCUCAACCUGAGCAGUCAAGUGACAUCAAUGUAGGUGCGUCAACUUCUCAUGCCGAACCAAAACAGUUGAGGAAAAGAGGACAUACAAGCAAGGAGGUGCUUUAUCAAGAUAAUGAUACUGAGAGUGAGAGUGGAAGUAAUUAUUCAGAUAAUAGAGUGUCAGAUGAGGACACAGGUGAAAAUGAAGAUGGCAGUGACAAAGAAAAUGAGGGUGAAAAUAAAAGCUUCUUGUCAACUCAACUCACUUCAUUUUUAAAAGACUCUUCUACUCUCAAGGAAUUAAAACCUCACCUAGCCAUUCUGGAUGUUAAUGAAGUUCUUGAGAAAGAUAAGGAUGUCAAACAGCUCGUGCCGUACUUAAAAGAUGGCUGGUUACUUGUUGAUAAAUGGAGGAAGAGAGUGUACAGAGUUUUAAUGAACCACAUCUGCUGGACUUACAAAAAGCACCCCACUGAGGUAUCUAUGGCAACCAGAGAAAUGCUGGCCAAAAGUAUUGUUGUUGCUUACCCUCAAUACCAGAGACCCUUUGAGAUAGAAGGGAAAGACCCCUGGUCUUCUGUUCUUUUGAACUUGAACAACAUAAUGAAACGCAUUCAAGAUAAGCUCCCUGUGGACCAGAGAUCAAGGAAAAGUCAGAUGAAAAAGUCAAAGACCAAAAAAAUUAGAACUGUUGAUUGCUCUGUGAAUAUUCAAAAGUUAGCAUGCUUAAAUCCUGACCGUAACAAUGCAACAACCAUUUUGGACGGCAUGGCGGCUACAUUUGCAAUCAGAUGCGACAUGAGGAGAAAGGGUGAAAGUAUCACUGCAAUUCUGGAAAAAUUUCCUCAUUUUCAACAUUAUAAGGGUAAUGUGUUGUCAGAAGAAUUUUCCAGAAUCCAUCCUAAUGCACAGGAUAUGUGUGCUGAGCUGUUAGAGCUGUGUCCCAAAAUAUUAGAAGUAUGCAGAGAUAAGAUUCUAGUUCCACCUCCCUUUGAAGAUGACUUGCUAACUGCCUGCUUAGCUUUGGCGUACUACCUGCCCCACCCUAUUGAUCCUCCACAGCAAGGACCUCGCGUUACUGGAAGAAGAGGACAACGUCAAAGAAACCAGAGAAGGAAUGAACAAGCUCAGGCAUCGAAUUCUGUUGCAACUCCACAAAUUGAGGAGCUGAUUGUCAUCAAAGCACCUAGUGUGAAUAUAUCACUUUACGUCCAGCAAAAGAGGGAAGAGGCUGGUAAACCCAUUCAACCUUAUUUGAUUGGUAUCGUCAGUCCACUAACUAAGAAGAUUCUGAAAUUCUUCCUCAUAAUGGAUUCAAAAUGUAUUGAUCUGGAAGCUAUUCCCAGUGUACGAGCCUUGGAUUUGCUCUUCAAGUCAUUCUUUGUGUUUUAUGUUCAUUACCCACCAUCAUGGUCUCUCUUCUUCCGAUUUCUACAAACAUGUUUGUAUAAGGUAUUUGAAAACAAUGAUGAAGCUCCUACAUCUUGUGUGGCUGCUUACAGACUGUUAACAUCAAAAUAGAUCUAAUAUUUUCCAUAUCAAUAUUAUGUUGUUGUUUUUUUAAAUGAGGCUAACUGUAAUUGAUUCUAAUGAAAAGAUAUUUGACCCUCAAUUGUUUCUGUUAUUCUUGAAGUUAACUUCUAUCAAUCUUGAUAUUCUAUCAUUUAUAUUUUAUUCCAUGUUGUUUUUCAUCUUUGAUUUUAACUAGGAGAUAACAAGUGCUCUCCUGUAGUCUUAUUUUGGGAUUUUAAAAUUAUUUUUUGUUUUUAAGUUUAAAAUAUUUCAUUUAAAUAUCUGACACCUAGUUAUUAUUCUGUAAAUGACUUGAGUCAUAUAACCUGUAUUACCUUAUUACCUGUAAUCAAGACAACAAUAAAAGUCUUUAGAUUGAAUAAU